AUGCUGUUUGGGGCCAUCCAGCUUGGUCUAACUGACAUUGUCAAGUUCAUCUUGGGCACAGUUGGAUACCGACCCGCUACUCAUGACGAGUCGGUCGCCUUGUUUGAUUCCGUCAUUUCAAAGGGACACGUGGACAUCCUCCAAUUUAUGCUGGAUAAGAUUGGUGUAGAUGGCCAAUUGCCAAAGGAUAGAGGCUCAUAUGCGAGUUGCGUUGAUCAAUCCAUUACCAAAGGCCAUCUCGAGAUGGUGCGAUUCAUCUCGGGCGAGAGAUUCAAAGAACACUUCCACAUGAAUGCUCAGAGUUCAUAUAAUCAAUAUCAUAAGAUGGCGUCGCAGACUUCAGGCUCAAGUAACACAGCUCAAUUUGUGGAUUAUAUGAAGACCAAUCAUUCCGUAAAUAUACCUCCAGGCUCGUUCAAGAUGGGACUCAAAAACAUCGACCACGACCUGGAUGCUGUAAUAUCAAUUAGCGAAGCAGGUUGCAAAUUCCCUCUAUCUAAACAGACCACAACCAAAUGGAUUGAGUAUGGGAAGUAUGACGCUAUACGAUACUUGUACUACAAUCAAUAUGUUGAUAGGGAUGAUAAGGAUUCAUUCGUUGGAGAGCUGAUGAAGGCAAGUAGCAGAGGAUUAUGGCCAUUUGUUGAUCUGCCAAUGGCUGAGAUGGUCCUCCUUCACAAAGAUGGUGCACCAUUCAUCCAAAGAGAAUACGUGGGCUUGGAUCACCUAAAGAACAAACCACUCUCACUCAGACUUCUCCCAAAGUACCUCAUGAAAUAA